AUGCCCGUUUUGCCCACCGACUCUCCGUCCCCAGAGCGCUACGAGCGCUCCCCAACCCCCGAUCCCGUUGUAAACGGCGAAGGGCCGUCGAAGAGACCGAAAUUGACAACCGAUGGCAUCCAACGGUACAAGGUGAGCCAACAGAAGCGGGGCGUUGCUCACUCGCCUCAAGGCCCUUUCGCCAGCGAGAUUCUGGCGCGCAUGCCAAAGGACAUUGUCAAAUCUGUCUCCGGCUCUGCAGCUGCUGCUGGGUCGGGCGAGUUUCACGUGUACAAGAACAGUCGGAGACGAGAGUUCGAAAGAGUAAAGCUCAUGGAGGAGCAGCAGCGUGCAAAAGAGUUUUUAGCACGACAGGCUGCCCGAGACGCUGAAGCUGAAGCAAAAACAGCCAAGAACCGGGCCAAGCGCCUGAAGCGGAAGGCUGCCAGGAGAGGUGGAAGCGACUCCAAAAAGGAUGCGGCCACAACAAGCAGGUUGGAGGCGGCCCCUUACAAUUCAGAACCCGCCCCGCCAACAGAUACGAUCGACGACGCGAAACCCGUCACGAUUGCGACUGGCGUCGAGAUCAAGGUCUUGGACGACGAUUGA